UUAGAUGUUGCCCGAGCGCUAACUGGUUAACCUUUACUCCUCUCCAGUGGGACACGAGACCAUAUGACAUGUUAAUGUUUCAUAUCCUCAAACACUUUAAUAAUGAACAUGUCUACCCGAAUUGACGGAGACUGAUUGGACUGAUGUCACUUCUUCAAAGGAAACCUGUGCAAGUCAUUAAUAUGCAAAAGAUGUUCAUGAAUAAUCAUGACUUCACACCUUCUGUCUGCUCACAUAUCAUAUCUGACAACACAGAGGCAGAGAGAAGGCCGCAUGUGGUUAUUUAAUAUGCUUCCGCACAAUGGCAUCCAAUGGCAAUGUAAUCAUUCACUCAGUGAACGCAGUGAAACGCAAAAUUGAAUUUGAACUGCAUUUGAAUUUUAAAUUGAAUUGUAAAUGUCAUUUAUGUGCAUCUCUGGUAUCCACUUAGAAAAUAUAGAAUUAUAUAAUGACUCAUAAGAUUAACUCUGUAUCAUGUUACCAGUACUAUAUACUAAACUGUAUACUGUUUGGGUCAUUUUUGUUACAGUGUAUCCUGAAAUGCAAUUUGUGAACCCUAACCACGAAUGAAUCAAUAAGUAACCUUCUGAGAUGUUGAAAUACUUUGCACCACUUUACAGUGGUGAGAAUUCAAUCCUCGGAGGGCAUCGAAAAAAAGUACAUGACAGAAAGGACCAACGCUGCGGUGGAAAAACCUGCACUAGUACCUGGUCCUGCAGACAUGGAGGGGGUCAGUGAUAAGCUUUUCUGCUGCAGGUGGAUUCGCCACAGGUUUCCCCUGGCCCACAGAGAGGAACUGUACCACAUCCUGAGAAUGACAGGGCCUCUGCUGGUCUCUCGAAUCCUACAUUACCUACUUCCAGUCGUGGUCACAAUGUUCUGUGGGCGUCUGGGAAAUGAGGUGAUGGCUGGCUACGGAUUAGCUUCUGCUACUAUUAAUGUUACCACUGCAGCAACGGGAUGCGGUCUGGGACUGGCAUGUGAUACUUUGGUGUCUCAGACAUUCGGCGGUAAGAACCUGCUGCGGGUGGGAGUGAUCCUCCAGCGGGGCAUCAUCAUCCUGCUGCUGUUCUGUCUACCCUGCUGGGGUCUGCUCAUUAACGCCGAGGCCAUCCUGUUAUGCAUGGGCCAGGACCCCGAGGUGACCAGAAUAGCCCAGCUGUAUAUGACCGCCUUCCUCCCUGCCGUACCAGCAAUGUUUGUAUAUCAGCUACUGGUGUCUUAUCUGCAGAACCAGGGUAUAAUACUGCCACAAAUGUACACUGCUGCCAUGGCAAACAUAGCAAAUGUGGUGACGAACUACAUCUUCCUUUCCUGGCUCGAUCUGGGUGUUGGCGGAUCUGCAGCAGCCAACACUCUGUCUCAGAUUUACAUCUUUGCUUUUCUGCUUGGUUACAUUUGGUGGAAGAAGCUCCAUGUAACGACGUGGGGAGGCUGGUCUGUAGAAUCACUGCAGGAGUGGGGCUCCUACAUGAAACUGGCCAUUCCCAGUACAUUAAUGACAUGUUUCGAGUGGUGGGUUUAUGAGUUUGGGGGAUUCUUUGCAGGGAUGCUGAGUGAAGACGAGCUGGCAGCCCAACAUGUUGUGAUAAUGGUGGCUUUCAUAACCUACAUGUUCCCUCUUGGUGUUCAAGCUGCAGCGUGUGCCCGAGUGGGUAAUGCUCUCGGGGCAGGAGACACUGCCGGGGCGAUCCUCACCUGCAAGGUGUCCUUCGCUCUUGCAGGUAGCAUCGCAGUUGUUGAAGGUCUCGUGCUUGGAUGUAGUAAAUCAGUGAUUGGCUUCAUGUUCACCUCUGAUGCGCACAUCAUCGGUCUGGUCUCCCAUAUGAUGAAUGUUUACUGUUUCCUUCAAUUCUUUGAUGGUCUUGUGUGUGUGUGCACCGGCAUCUUCUUGGGUACGGGCAGACAGAGGAUACCAGCCGUGGCCAAUUUCAUUGGAUACUACUGCAUAGGACUUUCACUGAGCAUUACUUUAACAUUUGUUGCAAAACUGAGAAUUUUGGGUUUUUGGCUGGGACUGCUCAUUUGUGUCAUCUUACAGUCCACCUUCUACAUCACUGUCAUCUUCAGGCUCAACUGGAAGAGAAUGACAGAGGAGGCUGUGAAACGAGCUCAGAAAAAGACACAUAUGACGUUAUUGAGCACAGCUGCCCUGUCAGACGACCAGACAGCGAGUAAUGGGAACUCAGCGGAUGGCUACAUGUCUGUGAGCACCGAGUGCCAUGACGGUAACACAGAGACACAGGGUGGACAUGUGGUCCAGCAUGUGAAGGGUGGCCGUCUCUCUACUACCCAGCUGGUCCUCAGGCGAGGCCUCACUAUGUUUGCAGCAGUUGCACUUCUGGCUGUCGGAGCAAGUGUGCACUUCCUUGUGCCCUUGCCAGAGACCCGGCCUUCAGAGGCUAACUUUACUUUGGACUGGAUCAAUGCGACAUAUACCCCUGAUCAAAUUUUCUCCACUGCGCUGGUCCCAAUAAAAGGAUAACCUUGA